AUGGUCGAUGAUCGAUUUAUCUUUGCGAUAAAAUUAUGUACGCUAGCUUCAAAUAUCGACCGCAUUCAUCAAUUUUUCUAAUAAAAUCGUGUUUUGUAUUUUGUUACAUUAUUAUAUCAGACAAAGUUAUGCAUUAAUCAACCUACAAAACAAAACUAACAAAAUAUACCAUUAUAUUUAUGGAACUGUUAAUGACUCGAACUCACUGUUCGAUUUUUGAACUUACGAGUACAUCAAGUAGUAACUAUUCGGUGUUUGUUCACAGGUGGUGAUUGUUGACCUUUAUUUUUAAUGGGAAACAAGAUUUUUAAGCAGGAGUAAACAAAGCCAGUUAUUUCCAGUGAACUGUAGUUUCAUAACUAGGAAUUAAAUUUUUAUGGUGCAAAUAACACAUUAUAAAUGUCGCAUAGAUCAAGUUUUCAACUUAACGAUUUAUUUCCCAGGGAAAUAGAUAUCGAAGUGUGUUUAAAAACUCUUCGAAUAUAUCAAAAAUUGGAAGGUGAUGUGAACUGUGUAGUUUGGGAUGCGUCCUUAGUUCUAGCUAAAUAUCUUGAAACAAUGUGUUUUCAUAAACCUGAUUUUCUUAGCGGUGUUAGGGUUCUUGAAUUAGGCUCUGGGCUUGGUGUUGUGGGCCUGACAGCAGCUACUUUAGGGGCCCAAGUCACACUAACAGACUUACCUGAAGCUCUUCCUUUGCUAAGAUUAAAUAUUGCUGAAAAUAAAUCAAAGAUUGCUAGCAUGGGUGGAUAUUCAAUUGCCGAGUCACUUGUGUGGGGCGAUAAAAAUUCAGAUAUCCACAAACAGGAUUUCGAUAUGAUUUUGCUAGCAGACUGUAUUUAUUAUGAGGAUGCUGUUGAUACCUUAAUUGAAACUCUGAAAAGUUUGAAUGACACUAUUAAUAAAAAACCAACCAUAUAUUUAACCCAAGAAUUAAGGGAUUCAGAAAUUCAGAAAAAACUAUGGAAAUCCUUUUAUGAAAAAUUAACAGAAUAUUUCUAUAUUGAAAAAGUACCUGAAGAGGAGCAACAUAUUAAUUAUAGAAGUUCUGAUAUAGUUUUAUUAAAAAUAACCAAAAAAUGAUAUUUAUAUAGUUAUGAUAAUUGGUGAUGGACUGAAUGAAUUUAUGUUGACCGAAUUAAGUAAGACCUAUGGCUCUCUGUUACAAUACAUAAUUUAUAAAAUGUAAUUACAAUUUGUUGAAACAGCUCUAUAUUAUUUAUGCAUUGUUACACAUAAUUGGAAUUUAGACAUUUACCAAAUUUAAUCUAUGAAAGUAGUCAAUAAAAAUUAUAAUUAAAAUUUUAAGUGUAUAAUUAAAAUAAAAGCAUGAAGAAAUAAAACGAUGUUUAAACUAUGAAACAGCCAGUUAUAUGUUUUUUCUGUAACCUGUAUUUAAGAAAAAUAAUCAUGUAAAACACACCAGAAAUAGCUAUAAAUCUGUUUCAUAUAGUCAAUAACCAAUAAAGAACUACUACUUAAUAUACAUAUAAGUUUGGCCUUAAUAUGCUCAUAGUUAACAUUAUUAUUAAUAAUUAUUAAAAUGUUAAUAUUAGUUUCACACAUAGUUUUUUCAUCAAAAGUUCUUAUAUUUAUUAACAAAAAAUAACAGAAUUGAAAAAAAUAGUUAAUAAACCUAAUAAAUAAUAAAUCAUUAUCUGUGUCAUAAACAUUGUAUUUAUUCUGCUAUACAAUUUGUACGAGUCAUUCUACACGCUAAAUAUCGAUUCUGAAUCUUAUCCUCAGAGAUAAUGUCAUUCGUGAUUUUUCGUGAAAGCCACGGGAUAAAUUAAAACCAAAAAAAAAGUAUUACUCACACUUGAUACGUUUGUUUUACGAGUGAGUACGUUUUUACGUACUCAGACUAGUCAACGCAAAAAGCCAGAAUUAGGCGCGAAAAGCGCAGCUCUAUAAUCGGAUGACACAUAGUAGGGGAGCCUAGGAUGCUAAAUGAGGAUUUAUUCGAGCGUCAUAGAGACCGAUUGAGUUGCGAAGCUUAGAUAAUAAGAAAAAAAGUUAUAUAAUGAAUACGUUUUCAUGUGUGGCUGCUAC